CCGCAGUGUGUAUAAUAACCGGCGGAGCGGCGCUGGGAGUCUAGGAGGAGCCGCGGCAAGGUCGACAGCAGCAUCCCUCACAGCGAGCCCCGCAGCGGACCCGCCUGACGCCGAAAACUCGCUGGAACUUUUAGGACUUUCUUCCUCGGAGAAGAGAAGCCGGGCGGGGAAGGCAGCAGCCAUCUGCCGCCUCUCUCAGCGGGGCUUUUACUGGCGCUAGCCGGGCGGUUGGGACGGUUCACCUCCAUUACUCAGCAGACGAGCCGCAGACAUGUCGGAGCCACCCGCAGCCCCGCAGAGCGAGCUUCUAGCUCCGGAGGGCGAGCCAAGGCCGCUCGGUCCCACUCCCAGCCAGAGCCGCUUCCAGGUGGAUCUGGUGUCCGAGGCGGCGGGCGCCUCCGAGGGGAAGGCUGAAAACCCGGGGGCCGGAGGAGAGGAGGCCAAGGGCCGCUUCAGAGUGGUGAACUUUGCGGAUCCCAGCGGCUCUGGGAGCGGGGCCUCCCCGGAGGGAGGGCCGCCAGAGGGGUUACAGAACGGAGACACGGUGAUGAGCGAGAGCAGCCUGCAUUCCUCCACGGGGGGCCAGCAUCACUACCACUAUGACACCCACACCAACACCUACUACCUGCGGACCUUUGGACACAACACCAUCGAUGCCGUCCCCAAGAUAGACUUCUACCGGCAGACCGCGGCGCCUCUGGGGGAGAAGCUGGUCAGACCCACCCUGUCGGAGCUCCACGACGAGCUGGACAAGGAGCCGUUUGAGGAUGGCUUCCCUAACGGCGACGAGCUGACGCCGGCUGAAGAGGCCGCAGCCAAGGAGGCGGCCGAGCCCAAAGGAGUGGUCAAGUUCGGCUGGAUCAAGGGGGUUCUGGUCCGCUGCAUGUUGAACAUCUGGGGAGUGAUGCUGUUCAUCCGUAUGACCUGGAUCGUGGGCCAGGCAGGGAUCGCUCUAGCCUGUGUGAUCGUUGGCAUGGCAACCGUGGUCACCACCAUCACCGGCCUCUCCACCUCUGCCAUUGCCACCAACGGAUUCGUGCGAGGAGGGGGGGCCUACUACCUGAUCUCCAGGAGUCUGGGACCAGAGUUCGGAGGCUCUAUUGGCCUGAUCUUCGCCUUCGCCAACGCCGUGGCCGUAGCCAUGUACGUGGUCGGCUUUGCUGAGACUGUGGUGGAACUUCUCCGAGGCGUGGAUGCGCUGAUGACAGAUGAAAUCAACGACAUCCGGAUCAUCGGCACCAUCACCAUAAUCCUUCUCCUGGGCAUCUCUGUGGCAGGGAUGGAGUGGGAGGCCAAGGCCCAGAUCUUCCUGCUGAUUGUCCUCAUCACCGCCAUUUUCAACUACUUUAUUGGAUCCUUCAUUCCUGUGAAGUCAAAGGAACCUCGAGGCUUCUUUAGAUACGACGGUGACCUCAUGUGGGAGAACAUGGGGCCGGACUUCCGAGGAGAGACGUUCUUCUCAGUCUUCGCCAUCUUCUUCCCUGCAGCAACCGGUAUCCUGGCGGGGGCCAAUAUUUCCGGGGACCUUGCAGACCCUCAGAUGGCGAUCCCCAAAGGAACUCUGCUGGCCAUCCUGAUCACAGGAAUAGUCUACAUGGGGGUGGCCAUCUCCACAGGCUCCUGCAUUGUGAGGGACGCCACUGGAAAUGUGAAUGACACCCUCACUGGAGACUUCCUGAAAAACUGCACGAGCGCUGCCUGCAAGUUUGGCUACGACUUCUCCAGCUGUAAUAUAUCUGAAAAACCCUGCCGCUACGGACUCCACAAUGACAUGCAGGUGAUGAGCGUGGUUUCAGGGUUCUCCCCCAUCAUCUCCGCUGGGAUCUUCUCUGCCACGCUGUCCUCUGCGCUGGCCUCCUUAGUGAGCGCGCCCAAAGUUUUCCAGGCUUUGUGUAAAGACAACAUCUACCCUUACAUCGGCGUGUUUGCCAAAGGGUACGGGAAGAACAACGAGCCGCUGCGGGGGUACUUCCUGACCUUCGGCAUCGCUCUGGGCUUCAUCCUCAUCGCGGAGCUGAACACCAUCGCACCGAUCAUCUCCAACUUCUUCCUGGCUUCCUAUGCCUUGAUCAAUUACUCGGUGUUCCACGCAUCGCUGGCCAACUCUCCAGGCUGGCGGCCCAGCUUCAGGUACUACAACAUGUGGGUGGCCCUGGCCGGCGCCGUGCUGUGCUGCGUAGUGAUGUUCGUCAUCAACUGGGCGGCGGCGCUCCUCACCAACGUCAUCGUCAUGGGACUCUACAUCUAUGUGUGCCACAAGAAGCCAGAUGUGAACUGGGGCUCGUCCACGCAGGCCCUGACCUACCAGCAGGCGCUGAGCCACACGCUGCACCUCAGCGCCGUGGAGGACCACGUCAAGAACUUCAGGCCCCAGUGCUUGGUGAUGACCGGUUACCCCAACUCCCGGCCUGCCCUCCUGGACCUGGUUCACUCCUUCACCAAGAAUGUGGGCCUGAUGAUCUGUGGCCACGUCCGCAUGGGCUACAGGAAGCCGAACUUCAGAGAUCUAGCUGCAGACCAGUCCCGGUACCAGCGCUGGCUGAUGAGGAAUGAGACCAAGGCCUUCUACACGCCUGUGUUUGCUGAGGACCUGAGACAAGGUUCCCAGUACCUGCUCCAGGCUGCUGGUCUGGGUCGUCUGCGGCCGAACACGCUGGUGCUCGGCUUCAAGAACGACUGGAGAGACGGAGACAUGAUGAACGUGGAGACCUACAUCAACAUGAUCCACGACGCGUUUGACUUCCAGUACGGCGCGGUGAUCCUGCGGCUGAAGGAGGGGCUGGACGUGUCUCACAUCCAAGGACAAGAUGAGCUGUUGUCCUCCCAGGAGAAAUCAGGAGCCAAGGACGUCAUCGUUUCCAUGGACACCAGCAAAGACUCGGACUGUGACUCAUCCAAGCUGUCUUCAAAGACCACCAGCCUUCAGAACAGUCCAGCUGCACAGAAAGAAGACGAUGAAGAUGGCAAAGCUACAACGCAGCCCCUGUUGAAAAAAGGCAAGAAGAGUCCAACGGUUCCACUGAACAGUUCUGACCAGCGGCUGCUGGAGGCCAGCCAGCAGUUCCAGCAGAAACAGGGGAAAGGCACCGUGGACGUCUGGUGGCUGUUUGAUGACGGAGGUCUGACCCUGCUCAUCCCCUACCUUCUGACCAACAAGAAGAGGUGGAAGGAUUGCAAGAUCCGCGUUUUCAUUGGAGGGAAGAUCAACCGGAUCGAUCACGACCGCCGAGCGAUGGCGACUCUGCUGAGCAAGUUCAGGAUAGACUUCUCUGACAUCAACGUGCUGGGGGACAUCAACACCAAGCCCAAGAAGGAGCAUGUGGCGGCCUUCGAAGAGAUGGUGGAGCCCUACCGGCUGAAGGAGGACAACAUGGAGCUGGAGGCGGCGGAGCGGCUGAAGAACAGCGAGCCCUGGAGGAUCACAGACAACGAGCUGGAGCUGUACCGCGCCAAGACCAACCGCCAGAUCCGCCUGAACGAGCUGCUGAAGGAGCACUCUGCCACCGCCAACCUCAUCGUCAUGAGCCUCCCGUUGGCGAGGAAAGGCGCGGUCUCUAGCGCCCUCUACAUGGCGUGGCUGGAGGCGCUGUCCAAGGACCUGCCCCCCAUCCUGCUGGUGCGGGGGAACCACCAGAGCGUCCUGACCUUCUACUCCUAGAAGCAGAUCCCAGUGUUCCCAGUGGAGCUCCCAUCACAGCCGGACACUGACCAUGGGGGGGGGGGUCCUCUAUUUAUUUCAGAUUCUUUUUCUUUCUAGUUUAGUUUUUCCAAUUGAAUGAAUCCUAGUUCUGGGGGGGGGGGGGGGGGGGGUGAUGCAGCAAUAACGUUCCUUCCAGAUGUGCCUUCAGGUCGGAGCGACGAUGCGUCCCAUCAUCAGAUCAUCUGACCCGCUUCCUGUCCUUCUUUCCCCGUUGGGUCGCUGUGGUUCUGGAUCAGGUUCUGAUUGGUCCGGUUCUUGUGCUCCUCCCCCUGAGGACUGACCGGUUCUGGAAACACUCUGGGUUCUGACGUGGUUCUGAUGUCGGGCUGCUCCUCGGUACCACAGAACCUCCAUGCUUUAGGAAGCGGCGCCGGCCGGGUAGCGAAGCAUUUGGACCUGAUGUGUUUUGAGCCGCCUGGUUCUUGUCCUCCAUCUUGGCGGUCCAGAACCAGCGACCCAGAUGUUCCAUCGCCGUCCCAUAAACACGCCUUUCGUUUCGUUUGGUUCAGAAUAAUCUAAUCUCAGCUCUGAAUGUAUGGUUGCCAUGGGAACAGCGGGUUUUGGUCGCCCCCUCCCUCCGGAUGAACACAUUAAUCUGUAUCUAGGCGUAUAAUCUCUGUAGAAACGAGCGUAGAUCUGCGGCUCCUUGGACCAAUCAGACGUCCGAAGCGUCUUCCUCCCAGUGCUUCCAGUUCAGCGGUCCCAGCGGUGACUGGGAGCCACUGGGGGCCUCCCAGCUGUAAAUAGGCUUCCUGGCUCAUCCUGAAGACGUAUUUAUUUUAGCUUCUUCCUGUGAAACGUUUGGUUUUGGUUUCUAGUUAAUUUGCAUGUUUUUCCUCCUUUUUCUCCUUUUAAUUUAAGAAAUAUUCUUUUUGACGGUUUCUAUCGUUUCGAUGCCUUUUAGACGAAGCGGCGGCGUCCUGCUUUAUGCAAACAUGAACGGGUCGACCUGGCCGGCUGCAGCAGCCAUUAUUUCAUCCACUGCACUGUUAACGGUCACAGAUAUGCUUUUCUAACAUUUUAACACUUAUGAUUAUUCAUACUUUGUAUAUCUUUAUUGCAAUAAAUCAAAUGAAAUCUGUAACGUU